AUGAAACUUUUUUUUCAGACUCUCGCCUUGACUGUUGAAGUAUUUCGAUUAAAUCUCUGUAUCCCACGAAGUCGACUUACACGCCACCAUCUUCCCAAGAGGGGAAAUAGGGUAUAUUGGCUCAUCUCAAAACACAAGGCGGCUGGGGACAGUACUGGUGACGUGUGUGACUUUCCCCAGGCCUUUCUCAUCAGGCUGCUGAGCGACCUCAUUGACAAUCAGACGUGGACAGACGAGGGCUCAGUCUCCCAGCGAAUGCUGCGCAGUCAGCUGCUGCUGCUUGCCUGUGUGCGCAAAUACCAGCCCUGCGUGCAGAGGGCAGAAGCCUAUUUCAGAGAGUGGAAGGACGCCGAUGGGAAUCUGAGUCUGCCCAGCGAUGUGACCUUGGCAGUGUUUGCUGUGGGGGUCCAGGACCCUGAAGGUUGGGAUUUUCUUUAUAGAAAAUAUCAGUCGUCUCUGUCUACUUCCGAGAAAAAUAAAAUUGAAUUUGCCCUCGGUAUUAGCCAAGAUAAGGACAAGCUUCAGUGGCUACUAGAAAAAAGUUUUAAGGGAGAUGUAAUAAAAAUUCAAGAGUUUCCACAUAUUCUUGGAGCUAUUGGCAGGAACCCGGUGGGAUAUCCAUUGGCCUGGCAGUUUCUGAGGGAAAAUUGGGAUAAACUGAUACAAAAGUUUGAACUUGGCUCAUCUUCCCUAACGUAUAUGGUGAUAGGAACAACGAGUCAGUUCUCCACAAGAGCACGGCUUGAAGAGGUAAAAGAAUUCUUCAGCUCUUUGAAAGAAAAGGGUUCUCAGUUACGUUGUGUGCAGCAAACAAUUGAAACCAUUGGGGAAAACAUACGUUGGAUGGAUAAGAAUUUUGAGAAGAUCCGAGUGUGGCUACAAAGCGAGAAGCUUGAACUGCUCUAAGAGUUGUGCCUGGCUGGUUCCUGUGAUGUGUAAUUGUGAAAAUGUUGUCGAAUGUGAUUGUUUUCAAAUUAGAGAUGGCUGUUCUGGCUCCAGUGAAGAGACUUCCUUUUCCUCCUUUCUCCUUCGUUCCUGUGAAAGGACCGGCUACUACACUGUCCAUCGAUGGGUUACUGCUACUGUUUUAUUGAUAGGUGUUGCCUUGCAGUGUAAACCCUGGGGUGGGUUCCCUACUGUGGAGAAAUACCUUAUUCCUUUUGCUUCCUUAUUCUUCAGCCUUGUGCUUUCCAAAGCCCUGCUCCCCACGUGUGUCAUCCAUGUGUGUCCCUGUCCUCUGAAGUCUUGUGAAUAGUGGGGACUACUGAACGGUGAAUGCUGGGAUUGGGGUCUAAGCCAGAACGUUCCACCUUUCCCUUCCCUGCUGCAGACCCAGGGGCUGACUUCUAGGCCCAUGUCCUCAGGCCUUUUGGCUCUCUGACUUUUGGUCAGUCUCCCAGGAAGGCAGAUGGGAGCUGGGGUGGGAGAGAGUACAAGGGGGUGUUUUAUUACCCUGGUGUCCUUGGAGGUGGUCUCUGGCUGAUCUCCAGCCAAGCUCGGAUCCUGAGUGGCGGACUUCUUUCCCACACAGUCCUUUCCACGUCUGCCUUCUUGUAGCUGCUUCCUCCCUUCAACCCUCCGGGAUGAGAGAGGGGUCGAGGGAAAGCCUGGCUUUCACUGCUCCUGGCAGUACUUGUGGGCUCCUUCCAUCCUCCCCACGCCUUUUUUGAGAAAACAAAACUUUUUAAAGAACCCUCCUCAAAUCAUCCUAAUUUGAGUGUGUGGUCUACUUCCUCAGGGACCCUGACUGACAGAGUGUCCCUCUGAAAAAGCAGAGUGCAUUCGGGUCUAGAGGAGAAGGCUUUCAUCUGAAGUUGAACCUAGGAGCUGUUGAUACUUCGGUAGGUGAUGUUUCCUCUCCCUGCUCCAUAUUCGGCUUAGCUCAAAAAUUCCCGAGUAACUUGCUACUGGCACUUACUGCCAGAAAGUCACAGCAGAGUCCCCCGUAAAUUAUGUACUGUACAACUGAAAAUAUAAUUAUAGUUUAAGUGUGGA